GAGAAAAAGGGGAAAGCGGGCGGGACGUGUGUGUGUGUGUGUGUGUGUGUGCUUCAUUUUUGUUGUCUCUACGGUGUAAACGAAGUGGAAGGUUUGCAGCCGUCUAAAGAUUUCAAGACUUUAGGUCUAGGCACUAAAUGAGAAUGGCAUUGACAGUGUCAAGUGACUUGACUGUCAAUGCAACUACAGACCAGAAUGUGAACAAAUUAGCAGGCAAACAGGAGGAACUGAAAAAGAGCUUACAGAAAGGAGAACCUAAGUCAAUAGGGAUUUCUCAGGUCAUAAUUGGAUUUCUGAUCAUCUCUUACUCUGUGCCACUGCUCUCUGCCAAACUCACAGAGGUCGUUAUGUUUGGUGUGCCGUGGUGGAGCGGGAUCUCUUUUGUCCUAGCAGGUGCCGUUACUCUUGCAUUGGAAAAACAUAACCGGGUUUCUUUGGUCUUCACAUGCAUGGUGGUCACAGUUUUGGCUGCAGUCAUCUCAGUCAUUGCUGGAAUCUUCUAUGUUGUUGACAUUAUGAAGCACCCACAGACUCCUUGCAAGUUCAUUACAAAACAGUCAUGUGAAGAAGAGUUUUACACCACGAGACUAAGUGUAGAAGUGAAGUCAAUUCUCUUGUCACUCAGCAUGGUGCAGACUGCCAUUUCCUCUGCUUCUGCAUUUAUUCUGUACAAAGAAAGGCAAAAUUAUAACAACUACCAGUUUGUGUAUUAAUGAGGUCCUGGACACAGAAAAAAAACUUUGAUGGCUUUGGACUUCAAUCAACAGUCUCCACACAUUUUUAUUUGUAAAUAAUUAUAUAAUACAUUAGUUAUAAUACAUGCGUAGAUAUAUUGUUUCUUACGGAAUACAUAUUGGACAUACUGUGUAUUAGAAUGCAUUAGACAUUUUGUUAACAUUUUAUAAAAUAGGCUCUAUACAAUGAAUCUUUCAAAUUGCAUUUCGACUGCACUUAAACUGUGUUGUGAAAGAGAUCACUUCAGCUGCAAACAGAGUUCUAAUGUACUGUCUUGCUAGUUUCCUUGAAUGUACAAUAAGCUGUGUUGUGUCCACUCUUGCAGCUGGUGGCCUAUAACCUUUCAAAAUUCUUUCUCAAUUCCCUACAGUAUUUCUCUCUUGUUACAACAGAACUACUCACCUCUUUAGCUUCAUCUGUAACGGGAAACAGUCUGCAGUGACUUUACAGUUAUAAUGCUUGAAUAAUUUCUUAUAUCCUCCAAAUUUAAAAAUGCCAAAAAUUAAUGUGACCAUACAUUAAAUUUACAUUUAAUAUA